GGCUAGUGCCUAUUUGAAGAUAGCCCUCUUAAGUUUUACAGAACCUGCUUAAAGGGCAAAUAAUUAUUUCAGAGCAAUGCAUACAGGACGAACCUAACGUUUUAUUUAUUAUGCAAACGAUAGAUAAAGGGUGGACUUGUCCCAGAGCACGUACGCUCAAUACAGAGACAGACGCUUUCGGGAAGGAGGAGGCUUCUGGCAAUGUAGUUUUGAGCAGCAAGGCCCGGCGCGCGGCGCUUUGCAUUGUGGUAGUUGUAGUACUUUACCGGAGUAGUCUGGCAGCUCUGAUACCCUGCAAACUACAGUUCCCAGAGGGCUUUGCAAACGUAAUGGCGGGGCAAAUUGCUGCCAUCAGCGAGUGAAGGGGUCGUGUCCCCCUUGGGCUUGUUAAAAGUGCAUCAACAGGUGAAAGCCCGACGGAAAGAUUUGAGUAAGAUGCAUCUUUCUAACGGUAUGGUUGUUUUGCAUCGAGAGGAAACUGCGGAACGAUGAAUCCGAUCCUUUGCACAGGACGGGAAAAUAUUUAGUGUAUAAUAGACCUUGUAUUUGGGGUUAUAUAGAGUGAAACCCUGCUUCGCCUCGCUAUGCUUUCUUUCAUGCGAGGAAUCCCCUGCAGUGGCAAGCUCCUGGGGUCCUGCGCAAAGUGGGGGCUCCAUGCACAGCAUAGGAAGGCGCUUCUAAGGACUUGCGUGUGCAUCAGGCUCGGGCAAGGGUCGAGAGCCGAGCGAUCCACACCGCGCCCUGAUGCAGCCUUUACGAGCGCAAAGCGACACAUCUGGACUCCCGAAGGGGCCCGGAGAGCUGGGAGAACUGAAAACAGCGGCAGGCAAGUGUCUGUGCAAAGAGGCCAGAAAGAAGCAUCGCUGUCAGCUGCUCAGAAAGUGAAAGAAGCUGGGCGAGAUUUCACCUACUUAAUCGUGGUGGUGAUCGGCAUCGGUGUCACAGGUGGUUUAUUCUAUGUGAUUUUUAAGGAGCUGUUCUCUUCCUCCAGCCCCAGUAAAAUCUAUGGCGAUGCCCUGGAGAAAUGCAGAGCUCACCCUGAGGUAAUAGGUGUUUUUGGUGAACCCAUAAAAGGUUACGGUGAAGCAACACGCCGCGGGAGAAGACAACUGGUCAGCCACAUUGAGUAUGUAAAAGAUGGACUGAAAUACAUGCGCCUAAAGUUUUACAUUGAGGGCUCAGAAAAAGGAAAGCAGGGAACAGUUCAUCUGGAAGUGAAAGAGAAUCCAGAAAGUGGAAAAUACGAGUAUCGUUAUAUAUUUGUGGAUAUUGAGGUCUACCCUAGAAGAACCAUAAUAGUUGAAGACAACAGAUAGUGAAACAGCGGAAGCGACCUUUCACUGCAGUUUGUGAUACUGGAGUUUACAAAAAUGGGAGUAAAGAAGUAAAAGUUGGCUGAAAGGUCAUUUUGCAUCCUCACAACAUACCCGUGCGAAGGCAGUGGAGCCACUGAGCUUAUGUGUAAUUCUGCUGAGUAAAUACUGGAAGUAGGGAAUCAUUGUUGUUAAUAGAAAAUGCAAACUGGGUUGACGCAGUUAAUAUAAACUGGCAGCCAGCUGUGGCAGCGGCAAAUAUGAUUUAGCAAAGAUUGGUCGUGGUGAAUCGGUUUUAUACACACAGCCUUCUCAGGAUGAAUUUCCUUUGUUUGGAUUUGGAUUUCAUGCAAGUGCUACAAUAAAGAAGACAUACAAAACGUACAGAAUAUCUUUGUCCUUUCGUGCACAGAGUUCACAUAUAUAUAAAGGUGUGUGGCUUCUGUUUCUGUAUUGUUUACAGACUGUAAGGCAAAAUGUCACAGAUAAAUUGUUUCCUAGUAGGA